CACUCAAAUCCACCGAGCUUGAGAUUGCCGGCCUUGACGACAACAAACAGCAACUGCAAUCGAAUUUGACCUAGCAUAUCCAUUUCGAAUUCUCUUUCCCAGCCAAUUCGCAAGCCAGCUUCUCCAACCAUGCGGGGCAUCCAGAUAUCAGAAUACGUCAAGGGCCCCAAGGAGCUCAAGGUGACCGAGGUCCCCGAGCCCAAGCAAGGUCCCAACGACUACCUGAUCGAGGUCCACGCCGCGGCGACGAAUUUCUUCGACAUCCUGCAGAUCCAGGGCAAAUACCAGAAUCAGCCUCCCUUUCCCUGGAUAGGCGGCGCCGAGUUCAGCGGCAUCGUCCUCGCCACGCCACCGGGCAACCCGAAACCGCUGUACCCCGUGGGCAGCAAGGUCUUUGGCGCCUCGCAGGGCUCCUACGCGACCAAGAUCCUCGCGCAGGAGACGACCCUCCUGCCCGUCCCGGAGGGCUGGUCCUUCCGCGACGCCGCGGGCCUGUUCGUCACGGCGCCGACCUCGUACGGCGCGCUGGUUCUCCGCGCGGGCGUGAAAGCCGGCGACUACGUCCUGGUCCACGCCGCGGCGGGCGGCGUGGGCCUGGCGGCCGUGCAGAUCGCCAAGGCGUUUGGCGCGACCGUCAUCGCGACGGCGGGCACCCAGCGCAAGCUGGACGUCGCGCGCGAGUUUGGGGCCGACCACGUCGUCGACUACCGCGAGGCGGACUGGCCGGAUAAAGUGCGCGCGCUGACGCCCAAGAAGCGCGGCGUGGACAUCGUGUACGACCCCGUCGGCCUGGUGGACCGGAGCACAAAGUGCAUCGCGUGGAACGGGCGGAUCCUCGUCGUGGGGUUCGCGGCUGGCACCAUCGAAAAGGUCGCGAUGAACAAGGUCCUGCUCAAGAACAUCAGCCUCGUGGGGAUCCACUGGGGCCAGUAUGCCAAGUUUGAGAAGGAGAGCGUCCCCGUCGUGUGGAAGGGGAUCAUGGAGCUGAUUGAGCAGGGCAAGUUCAAGGGCACCGUGUUCUCGGACAAGGAGUUUGUCGGCCUCGAGAGCGUGCCGGAUGCGCUGGUUGCGCUGGGCGGGAGGGAGAGCUGGGGUAAGGUCGUGGUGGAUGUGCCCGAGUCCGCUGGCAAGAGCAAGCUCUGAGCAUUUUGCACAAAGUGAGAUGAAGCAGACUUGCUUUCACUCUGGCCCUCCGGCAUUUGAGAGGAUAUCAACUACGCAUCGCAUAACACUUCCAUGGCCAUUUAUAUUUUUGAAAGAACAAAAA